AUACAUAUGUAUAUAAUGUACUUUGAACAAAAAGGAAAGUUAAAUUCAAAAAUCAAAAUAAACAAUCGUCUAAGCAAUAAAAACCCGAUCUUGAGGCUUGAAUUACAAAACCAAAAAAGUAAAGAAAAUUGCUACAGAAAUGGUAAAUGAGUGAGAAUCAUGUGAUCCACCACUAAUCAAAGAAGUCAUAAAUUUGUCCACCAACAAUCCUGCCUUUUGUUUUGUUUUGUUUAUGUUCUCUUGUGGGGAAAGUUUUUUCAGUGUUUACAAGCACUGUUAACUCUUAAAAGACCUCUCUUUCUUCUCUUUUUUGUUUGUUUGUUGUUGGUUUGUUUUGUUUUUGGUUGCAAUGGCUUCUAGUGGUUCAAGGUUCAUCAAGUGUGUGACAGUUGGUGAUGGAGCUGUUGGCAAAACUUGCAUGCUUAUUUGCUAUACAAGUAACAAGUUUCCUACUGAUUACAUACCAACAGUGUUCGAUAACUUCAGUGCAAAUGUGAUAGCUGAAGGCACUACUGUCAACUUGGGCCUCUGGGACACAGCUGGGCAAGAGGAUUACAACAGGUUGAGGCCCUUGAGCUACAGAGGAGCAGAUGUUUUUGUCUUAGCUUUCUCAUUAGUUAGUCGGGCCAGCUAUGAGAAUGUUCUGAAAAAGUGGAUCCCUGAACUUCAGCAUUACUGUCCUGGAGUACCAGUUGUAUUGGUUGGAACCAAAUCAGAUCUUCGCGAGGAUAAACAUUAUUCGGCUGAUCACCCAGGAAUGGUGCCUGUAACCACUGCACAAGGAGAGGAACUCCGUAAACAGAUUGGUGCUGCAUAUUACAUUGAAUGCAGCUCAAAAACUCAGCAGAAUGUGAAGGCAGUGUUUGAUGCAGCAAUCAGGGUAGUUAUAAAACCUCCACAGAAACAAAAGGAGAAGAAGAAAAAGCAGCAGCGGGGAUGCCUAAUAAAUGUCUUUUGUGGGAGGAACCUGGUGGGUCUGAAAUGAAGAUGUUAAUCAUCAGAAUAAUUAUGAAUUGAUUUCUAGCUUGUUUCGAUCUACCAAUGACUGCCUCGAGAUUCUUCACGCAGCAGUUGGCGUCCUCACUGUUCGGUUUCAUCCAUGCAACCCAUCUCAGAUUCUGUUUGUUUGGUAGACAUGUCACUCACUUUGCAGCUGUUUCAUGCGUUUUAUAAUUGUGUCAUCUAUUCGUUGUGAAGAAAAGAUGUUAUCGAGACACUGAUGUAUAUGUUUGUUAAAUUUGCUGUAGAGUUAAAAGGCUCAGUUGUGUUAAUGAGAAUUUGCAUUAUAGCUGUGCUUGUUUUUAGUUAACGGUAGCAAACCAUGAAAGUUGAGUUUGUUGCAA